AUGAUUACAUUGGAUUUGGCUAAAAUUAGUGAUAAUCAAGGUUUGACUUGUGGUGAUUGUUCUCGUGUGGGGGCUGUUGAUGUUAGUGAUGUUGUUGUUUCUGAUGAAUGUGAUAGUUCAAUAACAAACUACACGUUGUCUCCUGGUGGUCAGAAGUAUUAUUUACCAAGUUCUGUUGAUUUAGUUGAGAUGCCGUUUGCUAAUCAGGUGUUUGAUAGUUUAGACAAGGCGUUUAAGUUUUAUAAGGAGUAUGGAAGGUUGGGAGUAAAGAAGGGUUAUAAUGUAGCUAAUUUUGGAAGUGAAAAAAAGGUUGGUAAAUUUGUUAAGGAAAGGCGUACGGGGUCUCAUAGAUGUGGAUGCAAAGAGAAAAUAGUUGUCAAGAUUAUGAGUCUUAAUAGGUAUUUUAUAAUGAAUUUUGUUGAGUCGCAUAAUCAUCCUUUAGCUAGUGAAGACGGUCGGCAGUUUUUGAGAUGUAGUAGAGAUAUGAGUAUUAGUUUGUGGAAUAUGGUUUUUGAUGCUAGUAAGGUUAACAUUGGAUGCAGCAAGGCUUAUAGUUUGGUAAAGGAAAUGGCUGGUGGUUAUAGUAAUGUAGGUGCAACCUUACGUGAUUUUAGAAAUUUUAGUCGUGAUUUGAAAGAAUAUGUUGGUGAAAGAGAUGAUGGAUAUUUAACCAUGCUGUUUUGGGCUGAUGCGACUGGUAGACGGAAUUUUGAAAUAUAUGGAGAUGCUGUGUCCUUUGAUGCCACAUUUGAUACGAACAAGUAUAAUAUGAUUUUUGCGCCGUUUACCGGUGUUGAUAAACAUGAUCGAUGUGUUACAUUUGCUGCUUGUCUUUUCGCAAAGGAGAAUGUUACUCAUUUUAGCUGGGCAUUUAGGCAUUUUGUGAAGGCAAUGGGACGUAAUCUAGUUGUUUUGAUUACUGAUCAGUGCUCUGCGAUGAAGAUAGCUAUCCCUGAUUGUUUUUCUUCUGAAAAUGGAUUAGUUGCUAGCAAGCAUCGUCUAUGUAUGUGGCAUAUUAUGCAAAAAUUUCCAAUUAAGCUUGGUAACCGUUUAUGCAAGGAGACUGAUUUUAUGGAGAAAAUGAAGGCUUAUAUUUGGUCAUCAAUAUUGGAGAUUGAAGAAUUUGAAAAUGGCUGGAAAUCUGUUAUUAAAGAGUUUAAUCUUGAGGAAAACAAGUGGCUAUCUGAUAUGUAUGAGAUGAGGGCAUCAUGGAUCCCUUCAUAUUUUAGGGACAGUCCGAUGUUUGGUUUGUUGAGGACAACAAGUAGGUCUGAAAGUGAAAACUUUUUCUUUGGCCAUUUUCAUAGACAGAGUGAUACAUUUCCAUCGACGUUGUCAAGAUGGUUUAUUGAAAAUGAUGCUGCUGAAAUCUUUACGCGUGCAAUUUUUUACAAGCUUCAGGAAGAAAUUAUAGCAUCGUGCUUGGAAAUGCAGAUUAAGAAGAUGAGUGAAGAUGUUAAUGGAGUCAUUCAUCUUGAAAUUAGAGAUGUGAAGGUUAAGGACAAAAUUUUUAAGGUUUCCGUUAGUAAAGCUCAUGCUGUAUGUUCAUGUAAGAAAUUUGUUAUGUGUGGAAUAGUAUGUAGGCAUGCAUUCUGUGGCUUGAAGCAAAUAGGCGUUACAAAAUUUCCUAAAAGCCUCGUGCUUAACAGAUGGAUGAAAAUCGCUGACUGUGGCAGUGGAUCAAAUGUUGAUUUGGUAACUAAUGACUAUUUCAAGAUGGAGAGAGUGUCUUUAAAGUUGUCAAACAUAUGGUUUGAUUUUCGUCAAACGGUUAACAAUGUUGGAGUUGAUUUAGAGAAACUUGAAUAUGUGCACAAAGCUAUAAAGGAAAUAAAUGCUGAGCUUGAAAAAUAUGGGGGUGAUGCUGCUGAGUUUAGUAAGAAAGAUCAUAUUGCAUCUAUUGUUGGUGAACAGCCAGUUGGAGAACUUAAUAUUCUUGUACCAAACAUUUCGAAGAACAAAGGUAAUCAUUUCAAGAGGUUGAUUAGUGAUCGGGAGAAAGCAUUGAAUAAAUCGAAGAAAAGGAUUAGAAGAUGCAAAGAAUGCUCUAUGACGACUCAUGAUUCUAGAACUUGUCCAAAGAAGAAAGGAGGAAUGGAAACAAAUGUGUGUUAA